UCUCUUAUCAAAUUCAUCUUUCAAACACAUCAAACUACCCCCCUAAAAUCAGACACAAUGGCCGCUCAGAUCCCCCCCGGAGGAACCUACCUCGACACCUUCAAGAAGUCCUUUGUCGAUGUCAAGCCCGACGCCGAAAAGGAGAAUGCCAUCCCUACCUCCGACUUCCUCGAUGCCUCCGAGUCUCUGACCACCAUCUUCGAUGCCCUUGGAGGCGUUGCUUUCGGUCCCGUCAAGAGCGACAUGGGCGGCAACAUCAAGAAAAUCCGUGAGCGCCAGCUGGCUGCUCCCGGCGAGUCUGCCACCCUUCAGGAGCUCGUCAAGGCCGAGCUGGCCACCAAGAAGCACGUUGCCACCGAGGGUCUCCUCUGGCUGGUCCGUGGCCUCGAGUUCACCUGCAUCGCCCUGAGCCAGAACGUCGCCAAGGAGUCCGAGGAGCUCUCCGAGUCCUUCCGCAACGCCUACGCCACCACCCUCAAGCCCCACCACAGCUUCCUCGUCAAGCCCAUCUUCAGCGCCGCCAUGAGCGCCUGCCCCUACCGCAAGGACUUCUACGCCAAGCUCGGCUCCGACCAGGACAAGGUCGCUGCUGAGCUCCGCGUCUACCUCGCCUCCCUUGAGAAGGUUGUCGGCAUCCUCAAGGGCUUCCUCGCCAGCAAGGACGCCAAGUGGUAAGCGCAAACAAUGCUCUUGCGCGCGCUGACCGAGAAGAAUCAAAGGCCCCCUAAGAAAGCGGGGACCAAAAAGGAGAGAAAUAAACAACGAACAAUGACGAUAUGAUGGAAAGAACAACAUGUCCGUGUCAGUGUCCGCUGCGAUGCUAGUACAUCGUCAGCCACGAGCCAGUUUACGCAGCCUAGAAAUGAAUCACAACCUCGAAGCUUGAACCAAUUACCUUUGUUUGAGCUUUAUGCAAUUCAACAAUGACGAGCUCAAACAAUUGCCUUUGAUACUUUUUAACUCUCCUGGAGUCACAGUACAG